AAAUUUCUCAGCUCUACCUCUCCGCGCCGCCGCCGAUCACCUACACUAAGGUACGCUCCACCCCAUAAUUCUCCAGAUUUCUUGUGUUUCAUCGAUUCCUUGGCAUUGUGAUGGUUGCAAUUGUGAUGUUGGUUGGAGUAGAGAUGUUCUGAGAUCGGAGUGAUUUGCUUUUGAAUCUAAGCCACAAUGGUCAUCCCUCCCCCUGUCAGACCACCCAGGAUCAUCAAGUACCUCAAGCCCUAUGUGCUCAAGAUGCACUUCACAAACAAGUACGUCAGUGCCCAAGUAAUCCACUCCCCAACAGCCACUGUUGCAUCCUCCGCAAGCUCACAGGAGAAGCUGCUUAGGCCAACCAUGGAAUCAACAAGAGACGUUGCAGCUGCUGCAAUGAUUGGAAAGAUACUAGGUGAGCGACUGGUGCUCAAGAACAUCCCUGCUGUUUCGGUGUUCCUGAAGCGGGAGCAGAAGUAUCAUGGCAAGGUCAAGGCCGUGAUUGAUUCAUUGAGGGAUGCUGGUGUGAAGCUACUCUGACACCUUUCCCAACUUUCCUUACAAAAUUGUAGAACUUGUUGGCGAUUAGUAUUGUGCACUUCCCUUGUGUUCACAAGUUGCUUUGUGGAUUAUAUGAUCAUAACAUUGACUUAUCAGAAAACAAGGUAAUGUUUUUUUC